GGUUAAGCUGUAACAAAUGCGAAAACCACAUAACACCAAUCAAUGAUAACUUUGGGUAAAAAAAUACAUAUAAAACUUGCUCGACAAAUUCUUACGUUCAACAUCAACACAGCUGAUAGACAGUCGCCCUUUGACCGGUAUUCAUUCAUUGGUUCCUUAUAUUUAAAAUCGUUGUAAAUACUGUCUUAAGGCAAACCAAUCACAGAGCCGAGCAUCUCUCUUAAGACGGUCUCGAAAUAAAAAUCGAGUAUGAAUAUCGGCCUUUGUGUCGCGAGGCGCGUUUCAGGGGCUUCAGGAUAUGUCGCCACCUCCUGGCAUAAGCGAGCAUUUGUAUUGAUUGUAUCGAUUAUAUUGUCCAAUUAGGUGGAUUUCUGCGAUUUCAAUGUCGCAAUGCGAAUGGCCAACGGGCUCGGCUUGCCGCCCGAAGAAUCGCCAUUUAUACAAUUCGCGAAAAUCGAUUUCUAUCGAUGCGAUAGGUCUAACAAGGAGCUUUCGCGAUCGCUCAGAUCUCAACAUGUCCGACGAAAAGGAGAACGUUCGCACGCCUGACGGCAUAAGUGAAGUUAGUAUAUACGGUACUCCUAGAAACGUAUCUUUUGAUAGUGAGCACGAUUUGUCGUUAAACGCGACGCCGAGGAGAGAUCGCGACGACGCCCUUCAACAGGAAGAGACGUACGUCACGCCGUCGUUCGAGAAGUUCCUACAGUGGAGGCAGAAUCGUUCUCCGGAAAAUACUCCGUUUACGUCCGCGCCGACGAUGAUGCGCGAUGAGGAUCACGAGGGCACGCCGAAAGCGUCAUUGUGCAACGAGUCGUUGGUCGAGCAAGUAAAUCAGCUCAGCUUGUCCUCGCUGAGACGUCCACGCGCGACCUCGACACUCACGAAGUUGGAUACGAUUCUGAACGUCGUGGAAAGCAUGGGAAGCCCCGAGAAGGAAUGUAUCCGCGAGGGGCAAAUUUCGCAGGCCGAAUGCACGGGGAAUGCGGAUAGGUCGUCGUCGAUUUGUGGCCUUAACGAAAUCUCGGCGGAUGACGCGACGAAGGACGACUUGACAUCCGAUUACUCGACCACGGAAUCGACCGUGCGGAACAACGACGGUUCGUCGUUGAAGGUGACGUCCGACAGUUCGAUCGAUCAGCUUCCGCCACGAGGGACGAAACAAAGCGACCGUCCAAGCCGAGAGGACGCGAUCGUCGAUUCCGCAGAUCCAAAGACAAAGGUGGCUCGUAAUCCCGUGAAUGCGGAAUCGAUUCGCUCGCCCGAUCACUCGGGAACGUCCGCGUCGUCCAACAAUCCGAGCUUCAUUGGGGACGGCGAGACCUUCGAAACGGACACGUUCGACGAUCUGUACCAUCACAACGUCGAGUGGGCACAGCAUUACUUGGAGCGAAUGAUGAAGAAGCAGAGUGGUGGGAGUCGUUGCUUUGGGAGUCAUUGGUCGAAGAAGAUCAUAAACAUGUCUAACAUAUGUCGAUCGCCUCAACGAUCGCCAAAAUCGAAGAAAUCUAAGGAAAAGGACUGCGCGGAUGCGAGACCGAGUUCACCAGUGCGUGAAAAUACGAGCACGACGAUGGACACCCCACAACGCAGAGCAAGUCCGCCUCUCAAGCUGCGUUUCGCGACGGCCAGGCAAAAGAGUCAGGUCCAGACAUCCGAAAAAUUCAGGCCAGAUGUUCCGUUUCCACCGUCGCACAAAAUGACAGUGGCAGAAGUCUUCGACGAACGAACAGGAUCUCCGCGGCCGGAGGUCCUGAAGCAACACUUUAUCCUCGAAGGUAGGAUCGACGAGGCCGCGGCUCUUCGUAUAAUCAACGAGGGAGCCGCCCUUCUACGUUUGGAGAAGACUAUGAUAGACAUCGAGGCACCGGUCACCGUAUGCGGCGACAUUCACGGACAGUUCUACGACCUGAUGAAGUUAUUCGAGGUGGGCGGUCCACCCUCCUCGACCAAAUAUCUCUUCCUCGGUGAUUAUGUUGACAGGGGUUAUUUCAGUAUCGAGUGCGUAUUGUACCUGUGGGCGCUGAAACUGUGCCAUCCUACCACACUCUUCCUCCUCAGAGGUAAUCACGAGUGCCGUCAUCUCACGGAAUACUUCACAUUUAAGCAGGAAUGUAAAAUAAAAUACUCCGAGAGGGUGUACGACGCGUGCAUGGAUGCCUUCGAUUGUUUGCCGCUCGCCGCCCUCAUGAACCAACAGUUCCUCUGCGUACACGGUGGCCUGUCGCCGGAAAUUCACAAUUUAGAAGACAUUCGCAAACUGGACAGGUUCAAAGAGCCGCCGGCGUACGGGCCGAUGUGCGACCUCCUCUGGUCGGAUCCUCUCGAGGACUUCGGCAACGAGAAGAACGCGGAGCAUUUCUCUCACAAUAGCGUCAGGGGUUGUUCAUACUUUUACAGUUACGCGGCGUGUUGCGACUUUCUGCAAAACAACAAUUUGCUCAGCAUCAUAAGGGCGCACGAGGCUCAGGACGCCGGAUAUCGCAUGUACCGAAAGUCCCAGACGACGGGCUUCCCGUCGCUCAUCACCAUCUUUAGCGCGCCCAACUAUCUCGACGUGUACAACAACAAGGCGGCGGUUUUAAAGUACGAGAACAACGUGAUGAAUAUCAGGCAGUUCAAUUGUUCGCCACACCCGUAUUGGUUGCCCAAUUUCAUGGAUGUUUUCACAUGGUCCCUACCGUUUGUCGGCGAGAAAGUCACAGAAAUGUUGGUGAACGUGCUGAACAUUUGCUCGGACGACGAGCUGAUGAGCGACGGUGAUGACGCGCUCGAGGAAGAUGUCGCAGCCAAAGUCGUUGUCCAAAAAAAGAAUGGUGCAGCAGCCAAUCUACGUAAGGAGGUGAUCAGAAACAAGAUCAGAGCCAUUGGCAAAAUGGCACGGGUGUUCUCCGUCCUGAGAGAGGAGAGCGAGAGCGUGCUGCAGUUGAAAGGCUUGACACCGACUGGCGCUUUACCACUCGGUGCAUUAUCUGGUGGCAAAACCUCUCUGAAAAACGCUCUCCAAGGCUUCUCGCCGAAUCACAAAAUUACCUCGUUCGCCGAGGCCAAGGGCUUGGACGCCAUAAACGAAAGAAUGCCACCGAGGAAAGACGCACCGCCCACGCCGGUGAACGAGGAGAAAGCCGUGACAAAGCCGCCGCCUCCUGCGGGAGACAAGCGGGACCACAACAUGCCGCAACCGCAGUCGUGAGCCCCACACUCGUCCACUCAAGAUGGCGGAUGGAUGGACGGGUCCUAAGAUCCCGGCGCUAUCGCCGCCACCACCGAACAUUUGCAAACCAUUGCUCGUCCCCCUCCCCCCUCCCCCCGGCUGUUAUACAACAGUGCACUGUUCAUCGAGAAGCCAGGAGAAACCAUCGGCGUCGCAUGGAGAAUAUCAGGAACGGACGGACAGACAGUCGCGAAGGGAAAGCAACUUUUUGUCGAUGCGAUUUUGAACGAGCAUCAUCAUCGGUCCCGGUGCACGCAUAGCGGAGGAAAGCAACAGCAGCAGCAACAGCAGUCAAGGAAAGGGGGCUGCAUGAACAUCUAGAAAUAGGCGUCCACUCGGUCAUUUCGUGGCGAGCCUCCUCUUCUCUUGGAGGAUUUGCCUCCGUGUCUCUUUUUCGCGUACGCUCGCGAAUGGAGAACGAGAACGUUAGCCUCCCUUCUGUCGAUGAGCCACACGCGCGCGCCGACGUUCUCCGAUCUCUCCGCGAUUUGCAUAAUUAUUCCUUGCUCUUUUUUCUCUCUAACUCUCUUUUUUUCCUUACCUUCGCUCUCUCGUAAUUCCUCGCUCUUCUCUCCUCUUUCCCAACAUCCACGAACGUAUACAUUAUCCGCGUGUUUCUCGCGGAUUAAUCGAUCCGAUGUACAUACGCACGCGCGCGUGUAUGUACGUAUCAACGACGAGCGGGACGUUAGGGCGCGAUAUAUCUUGUAGAUAGAUUCGUUUACACGUCGAACGGAUCGGAUGUUCAUGCACGGGGAAGGACGACGAUUCCUCCUCCCCUCCGUUCCCGCCGGGCACCAUUAUUUCUCACCUGUGUCUUUCCUUUUCUGGCGCGGAAAAGCGAGGAGAGAACGUACGGCUCGCGCGCGGUUUACGUCUAUCGAACGAGAGGAAUCGCAUAGACAGUGUGAAAGAGAGAGAAUGAGAGGGAGAGAAAGAGAAAGAGAGAACGCGGACGAGCGGUCUCCGCCAAAGAAACAAAGAAGGCAGCUGGCCUGUCGUCAUGAGGCGGAGCUUCCGGUUUUAGGAUUUUAUUAGGUUCUUAAGAUGUGUCCGCCCUGGGUGACGCGUAAGGGCAUCCCCCGCGCCACGGGGUGGGGUUACUUAAAUCUUAAGUCGAGCUAAGCUUAGGUAAGCUAAGUCGUAAAUUAUAUAUAAAUAUAUAUAUAUAUAUAUAUAAAUAUAUAAAUGUAUAUAUAUAUAUAUAUAUAUAUAUAUAUAUAUAUAUAUAUAUAUAUAUACAUACAUAUAUGAUAUCGGAGAAUUUAUUUAAUAUACAUAAAUAUUAUAAAUAUUAUAUAUUAUUAUUAUCAUUAUUAUUAAUUAUUCAUUAUGUAAUCCGAAUACCGUGUUUUUCGCUGCCGCGCGUGCACACGUCCGUCACGAUCGCAUGAAAUAAUUAACGCGCGAAAGAAAUGUACGUCGAGCGCGCGCAUCGUUUCCAAGUACACUCAUUAGGGACAUAAUUUAUCUUGGCCGUUCUGCACCGAGGAUUCAUUCCACACAAUCUCGUUUGUGCGAUAUCGAAGAAAAUAUCUCGUUUUCGUUGUAUCUCCAUUUUCAACUGCGCACGGCCACGAUCUUACACGCAAGAUAUUCGUUAUCUAUUAAGUUAUUGAGGUGAAUCUCGCCACGUUGUACAAUGAUCGUCAGAUCCAGCUUGAUCUCAAUAAUAAUCGGGUUUUUUUUUCCUCGUUAAAAUUGAGUUACCGAUUAUGAUAUCGUCUAAAACCUCGCUCGUAUUACGCACCGUAGCGUCGGGCUGGAAUCUAUUCAUCUUAUUGUAAUCUUAUAUGUGAUCUCUAUGAACUUCCGUUUUGUCAUGUAUCUUGUUAUAAGUAAAUUUUAGAAUUACAUAUGUCGAAAACGAGAUAAUUUUGAAUAAUAGUACUUUUCUUGACGAAAACGUCAAGAAGAGACUUCAUCUCGCAUGAACGAAGAUCUCAAAACCCGGAUAUUUACAUAUUUAUCAGUGAACUGACAUAUAUGCUCGUUUAGAUAUGUGAUGCAUAUCUCUUGCUCCGACUAGUCGCACAAGUUUACUAGAGAGAACUGUGCAAAUUGAAACGAUUGCAGGCACGCCCGGUGGGGCGAUCGUAACACGCUAUCCGGGCGUGAGCUCCGCCAAUAUAGGCUCGAAAUUAAAAUCCGAUAGUAGGUCAUAAUGGUGCUGAAGAAACGUGCAAGCUAGCAAGAGUUAAAGAAAGACAAGACGAUGCGUUUUUUAAAGGGAGGCAGCACCCUGCGUCACACAUGCAAAAGCGUUCUAUUAUAUCUUGAACGCGUGCCCCUGCCUGAUGUAAACCUGAAUACAGCCACACUCUGCUUAGGUGCCGGAAGUGGAUCCUUGUCGUCAAUUUGACGACAGAACGGUACAGAACGGCCGAGCCAGACAAAACUCGAGAACCGUAAUCGCGAGAUGACAACGUGCCGUAAAUGAUUUUCGUGAUGAAAAAAAAAAAUGAUAUAUUACAGUUUUGCGAGUUACUUAUUUCGAGGGGUGAAUUCCACGGGGAAUUAUAAUCGCUAGAGAGUAUAAAAUAUGCGUUUCUCGUUGCGGGAAACGUACGCGAUCGUCGAGACGCUUCCGCUUCGAUCGUCCGCGCUGUCACGCGCUCAAUACGCUUUGUCGCACGUGACGUCCCGAGGAUAAUCAGAAUCGAGGGCGGCUACUCUCGUCUCUCGUCUGUAAUAUUUAUAGUAAUAAUCGCUCGCGGUCGUAUCGUGGGAUUUUGUCGUCGUUUUCGCUGUUUUUUCUACCUCUUCUCUAGAAAUCGGAGACGUCGCGCCUUAGCGGGCUUCGUGAGCUGAAUUGGCGUCGGUUGCGCAGCGCGGACGAUCGCAAGCCUAAUCAUAUCGGGUACCGGGAAGGAGGAGAAAGUAAAUGAGAGAUUCGAAGCAAAGAGCAUCUCCGGAAGCCGAAUGGCGGCAUCGUCAGCGUGUUACGGUCUGAAACAUAAUAAAAGUAAUGAAAAGAAUAUUAUAAUAAAUGAAAUAAGAUAUAUAUCUCUUUCUUCUCACUACGAUAUAAAAUAUACAGUGAAUAAUAAUUCUAUCUCUCUUUGCUACCAAGUUGUACUUAUUCUUAAUUAAUUUACUUGUACAAAAGAAUGUGUUAAAUAAUAAUGAAAUAUAUAAUAUAAUAUACAACACAAUUAUAAAUAAUACAUAUUAUAAUUAUAAAUAUAAAUAUAUAUAAAUAUAUACAUAUAUAUAUAAAGAUGAAGCACUACGGAUAUAUACAGGAUAUCCCAGAGCUAUCGUCACUCCUUUCAUCUGUGAAUUUCCUCGCUGACUUUUCCUUGAAUGUAAAUUUCCACAAGUGUGUCAUCGAUUUUCCACAAUUUAAUUCUCGAAACAAGAAUAAGACCUAAAGUACAAUUUUUCGAGGUUCGCCAGUAGUUCGAAAGGUAACAGUGCCAUUUCUAUUAAGGAAUCGAUUCCAAAUCGAUCGAAGAAUUCCCGGAUGAAAGAAGCUGCCACACAAUUUCGGGACACCCUGUAUACACACGUGUAUACAUAUACAUUACAGUGUUGGUUAUCUGAUGUUGCCACAUCAUUAUGAUUACGACACGAUUAUUAUUCAUUUUAAUUCUUAUUAUUGCCAUUGUCACUGCUGUCGCCGUUACAAUCAUUGCUGCACACUGUUAUCACUUGUACGCUAUCGCGAAACACGAGACGCAUACGCGUUCGGCGCUAUAGUGAUUUUGACAAAAUGAGAUGACACGCGGGUCAAAUUAAUAAAUGCGCAUAUGCUACAUAUACAAUUGCGAUCGUUGCUUGCAAGGCUACGAUACGACGAGGGUGACAUGAUAAUGAUGAUUCAGAACGCGAACUGAAGUCGCUCCCGUCUCUAUCCUUUGGUUGUAGAAGCGAUCCGUUUUAUGAAUGCGAGGAGAGAAUACUAACGUGUGAACGCGAAGAAUGUAUUAAAGGACUUCCCUUUCGCAUACACACGAACUUUCACGGACCAUCCACCUUUCGGAUAACAGUCUUGACUUGUGCCUUGUUUAGACGUUUCCAAUCAUUUCCAAUCGACUCGCGCUUCGAUUUCCAACCACCGUGCUCACUCGAACAAACUCAUAUCCGACGUUGUUCCUUUACGAAAGAAAUAUUUGAUAAAUUCAAUGCGAUCACGCGCGUCUCCGCCGUUGUCCUUUUUCAUGAAGAAACGGUCUUCCUCGGUGACUUUUUGCGGACGAAGAAAUUGAUUCGUCGCGCUUUCUCUCGGUGAUGUAGCAUAAAUUCUUAGAGCUUUUACGAUAAAAUUAAUUAAUUUUACUCUGAGAGCCGCGGCGUUAUCUCGGACUGAGGAUCUAUCCUGCGUAGAACGAUCUGGCAGCAUGCGAUUACUUCAUCAACGCAUGCGAACAUCCUAUUCAUUCAUUUGAGAAUAUAGCGUCGUGCCGACAUCAAAUAUAUGCGUUUUAUAUCCUACCAUAGAUACAAUACACGCGACAGUAUCGCCAUAUGUAGGACGCGAGUUUGGGUCACUCUCUUUAUAUCUAUAUCAAACGCAAAGCGAGAAAAAUAGUCAUGUAUACAUGCUAAAAUAUACGCCACACGUGCGUGCUAUAUAUGUACAGAGUGCCUCGCGACAAACUAUAUUUAUAAGCUUACUGUAUAAUUUAAGAUCAGUUCUCUUUUAAAAAUGGUUCCUUACUAUUCAUUUAAUUUUAACUGGAUUUUUUUUAAGGCUUUAUUAUUUAUGGCUCAGUCAUUGUGAUAUAAUAUUUUUAAAAGCACGAAGUAAUAAAAGAAAAGGUGACAUUAAAAUUAUUGUUAAGGAAAAGACUUUGAGCUCUACAAAGAGCUUGUCAUCCAUUAUUUGUCAUGUAAAUCGCGCAACGCUCUGUAUAUAGAAACACACGCAUAAUUUAGAUAUUAUAUACGUAAAGCCUGUAUUUUCUGCGUUAGUUUGCGUAAAGCCUCAUUUCGUCACACAUACACACACACCUACAUACAUUAAUGAUAAGUAAACCGUUUAAGCGGCGUCUCAUUAUCAUCGUAACAGAAUCGUUUAACUUCGAAAGCGUCUUUCAGGGGAGAAGCUGGCGCUUUUGUGUGGCUGAGCGCGAUCUACUGUAACAGUCCUUGUGUUCUUCUUUUUUUUUGCAAGCGACUGAACUAAAGUGCUCUGUGUGACUUCGUAGCUAUGUUGCGUUCUAUACGUGAACUCGAUGACGUACCUUCAUUAACAUAUGACUUAGCAUGGAAUCAAGCUUCACUUCGUACAAGCAAAGACCUUGUUGGAUUCGAGUCUAUUGCAACAAUUCUCGUUAUUGUCGGAAUUAUAAAAACUAUAAAGUAAAAAUUUGCGCGAUAAUUUUUCCCGAUUGUAAAUGCGAUGCGAAACAGAUUCGCCAAGGAGAAAUUCACGCUCCUUCUCUUUAUCAUCUGAAUAUAUAUCGCCUUUGCAAUAUUAUCGUUACCACUGUUGUUGAGCUUUUCUUUAAUUAUCUCCAGUAUUAUCGUUCUUUCUUUUUGUAAAAAUUCUGAGAAAAGGAAUAAAAAAAUAGAAUUUUAAAGGAGACCUCUCCCCUUUCGAGUCGCAUCGAACGCAAUUUAAUCGAGUUUCACUGAGAAAUAAUUUUAUGUACCUGUUACGACUGAUUAUUAUCAUGUACAUCGCUAAGGACAGUGAGAGAGAGAAUACGUGUACAUGUAUGUACAUACACAUGCCUGCGCGCGCGUAUGUAUAUAUAUUUAUAUAGUAUGUUAUCAUACUGUUACGAUUGUUUUAUAACUAUCGUUAUGUCAUUGGCUGCUUGUUAUCGACGGCUUGCGAUCGGCUAAUUACAUCGCUGAACCGUAUGUACAUAUCGAGUUUUAAAAAGGGCACGUGGCCUCGCGGAGAGCGUGCAUAUGGAACAGAGUCAGUUGCAUAACGAUUUAGUCAAUUUCUAUUAAAAAUUAGCUGGACGUAGUGGUCCUUGAGAUUCUUCGCUUUCUUUUCAUUGCUGCAUUUUUGCAGAAAAGAUAUAACAGCAAGAUUCUCAUAAUGACAAUUUUUCUUAGAAUUUCUGACAUAAUUUUUAAAAACAGAAAUUUAUUAUUUUUUUAUUAUUAUUUAGAUAGAAAUAUAAAUAUAACUUUAAAUUCUUUUUACAAUUUCUACAUAAUUUUAACUUUUUUUUUUAGAACAUUUCUAAUUUUUUGCAUGAAUUGGAGCACUUUACAGAAAUAUUGAAAAAAAAACCUACAUCUUUUCUAGAAUUUGUUACACGUGUAAAUUUUGAAAUGUUCUAAGAUUUCUUAUUACAUAAUUUGCAAAGAUUGGAGAAUUGGAAAACUUAGUUAUUUACAUAGUUACUUUAAAUGACAUGGUGCAACAGACCUACGCCGUACGCACGCAUCCUGAGCCCAGUUAUUUAAGGCGUGCAACGUUCACCUGCAUAUCACUUGCACAAUUGUUUUUGCAUAUGAUGCGCGGAAGAUAAACAUCUUAUGAUCUCUUUAACGAGCGACUGAAAAGAAGAAAAACCGUGUUCUGAGAGAGUUAUAUGAACAGGUCGAAUCUUAUAAGUACAUUAACGUUGCCGUUAACGUAUUUUAUUGAGAUUCCCUUGUUUCGUCAUAAAUUUCAACACUUUGGUUGCAUCCUGUCCGAUCGAGAAGCUCGAAUGUAGGAUAUUUCUCACGAAUAUUAAAUUAUUAUUUUAAUCUCUUUCUCUCUCUUUCUCUCUUUCUUUUUCUGGUUAUUUCGCGCGGCAAUAUCUGUAAAGCAUGGCGUGAUCGCAUUUCCCUAUUUAAUAACUGUACCUGUCUAAAGCGUGUCGUUUAAUUAAAUCUAUUUUCUACGCUCUGUGCCAGCGUCGUGUUUGGCGUUUUACAUGAUAGAUAAGAGUCCCGGAAUCGUGCGAAAGUUAACGCGACGUGUCGCCGCCCGGAGUAUGUAAGAAGGCUGUAAGAAGAGGAAACACGUUGGAGUUUUUUCGCGACACUUGACCUUUUCCAAACAACAACCACAGAAAAAAAAUAAGAAAUAUGUAGCCUUAGACUCCGUUUCUCUUGUUCCUUUCACGCGAGCGUCGUCCGGUGGAUGUGACGUAUCUACUUGAGAAUGAAAUCCGUACAGAAUAUAAUAAAUACAUCGGAAAUGUGCGCGUAUGUGUGUAUGUGUGUGCUCUUCCCAUCCAACUUUGCAGAUAUAGAAGAAUCAGAUUUACAUAUGUCGCCAGUUUUUUUUUGCGUAAUAGACAAGGUCGUAAAACUUGAGAGGCUCAUUAAACUUGUUGAUGAUCGCUGGAAUAAAAGUUGCCAUAUUAUUAAUUUGAAUGUUAAAUUAGUUGAUUGACAUUCAAACUGUCGACUUUUAAUUUAGCAAGAUCUAUUUUCGGAAGAAACGCUUCUCUGCUAAGAGGAAAACGUACGAGAAGACAAUCUCUCGGUAAAGAAUUGCUUUUUGAUUCGUAAUUUGUUGAAUGUCUUCCCGCAAUAUCAUUUUAUAAUACACGCAGAAAAAUCUUGCGGUAAGUAAUUAUUAAAUUACUUAAAAAAAAAAUAAAAAAUACAUUUGAUGGGUUCGAGAGUAUUCAAGCGGUAAAUUCAAAGUCUGAUGCGUCGAAUCUGUCACUUCGUUUCCUAAAUUUUACUUUACGAAGCAACAUCCAAAUCUUUCGUGGAAAAGUUUUGUGUCCACUUGUAAUUUUAAUCUCUGUUUAACUUACUUUGUAACUUUUUUCGAGUUCUAAGAAUUAAAAGAUCGAAGACAAAAUAAAUCGAGAUUAAAGUUGAUCUACUUUGAUAGAAAUGAGCCUUAGAAAUUUGAAAAAUGUGAGAGAAAAAUGCUUUCAGUUCACUCGUCACCGUUCGCGUUACUCUAAGCUGACUGCUAUAACGUAAAAUGAAAGAAAGAGAGAUAGAGAGAAGAUGCAAGGAGAUGGUCUUUAUUGGAGCACACAUCCAUCGGGCGACGGCCGUCAGCAACGCGCGAGAGCCGUAAAUUCGGGCUUGAUAACUUCUCGCGACAUUCGAGGAAUGGCAUUCAACGAUAAUGGGAAAUAACUGUACAUACACGUGCGUUUAUUAUUAUCUAUAAUACUUACUACUACGAGACUUAUUCCUAAGAGAUCUUUUGGCUAAAAUACUUUAUAGAAGCGAGACUCUGAUCGCGGAUGGAGACAAAAGAAGAAAAAAAAAAAGAGCGAGGACUGCAUCGCAUACAUUGUUUAGCGCCAUUGUGACUCUAUAAUCCCCUUCUUGAGAAAAUAAGCAUGUACACACAUGUGCACAUGUGCAAGUACGCGCACAUGUAUGUAUAUACUUAUUAUAUUUGUUUAUAUAUACAUAUACAUGACACGCGCGUAUAUAGACGCAUCGGUACUAUUAUUAUUAUCAUUAUUAUGGUUACACGGUUCUUAUCAUUAUUGAUAUCGUCUUCACUAUUAUAAUUAUCAUUGUCGUGUGAAGAGAAUACGAUGAGUAAUUAUUAUAAAAAUAAAUAAAAGAGAAAAAUCUUACUUAUACAUAAUUAUAAAUACGUCAUGACGAUAUAUUCGUAACGAUUAAUUAUUACGGUAAACAUAACGACAUUAUUAUUACUAUUAUAAAUAACAUCCUAUUCCCCAUCUGUUGUGAAUGUUUACGUUGUUUUAUGAUAUUUAGAAUAUUCUAAAAAUAAAGUCUAUAAUUUCCACGAA